AUGUCCGCCCAAGCAGCAUCCGCAAUGUMAUCAACACCAAUGCAACCCAACAACGCCGCCGCAGACCUCAAACCCAAGGGAGAGGCCGCUGCAAAAGUAAAGCCAUGUUGUGUCUGUAAAGACGAGAAAGCCGCCCGCGACGAGUGCAUGCUCUUCUCCAACGCCCCCGAUCCGCAGGAAGCGUGCAAGGACUUGGUUGGGAAGUACCGGAGUUGUAUGGCGAGUUAUGGAUUCAACCUGGCGUGA